UUUCACUUGGAGGAACGACAUCGUUGCCAUCUUGAUACUCAUAGUAUCCAAUCUCUUUGAUGGGUUCCAGUAGCUGUUUCAGAUACUCAUAUUUCGGUUGGUAUAGGGAUUUUGAGUAAACGUAUACAUUUUCAAACCUCAAACCAUUUGGGUGCGCCAAUAAACUUAUUAUGACGUUAGUUUUACCAGACCCAGAAACGCCAACAACGAGUCCUCGCUUAGAACAGUCUCCAAAAAGUGGGCCGUGUUUCUUAAACCUACUUAAUGAAAUAUUAUCAUCGUGAUUGGUUACCGGUAGCGAAAUGUUCUGUUUCUCGAUCCUCAUUCUGAAGGAAAAUUGUAUGUACUGUACGUUGACGUAGUACGUAAAGUAUUUAUAAGGUAUAAAACUAACAAUUAAAUUCAGUUGUAUUGAAGUGUCACGCCAGAGCAUAUAUAAAUGCUUGUGCCCAACCUAUCCGCAGUUAAUCGACAGAUAAAGCGAGUAAAGAGAGGUUCUGGGUUUCUUAAUACGCUUAUAAAUAAACUUCCGAUAGAACUACACAUUCCUGGUUACAACUUUUGUGGACCAGGUACCAAGCUUGAAAAAAGGCUUGCUAGGGGUGAUACUGGCAUUAAUCCUUUGGAUAACGCAUGCCUCGCUCACGACAUAUCAUACAGUGACAGCUCUAAUAUAGAAGAUCGUCAUAAGGCAGACCGCAUCCUUGAACAACGUGCCUGGGAGAGGGUUAAAUCUAAAGACGCCAGUUUCGGAGAAAAGACUGCAGCGUGGGCUGUUGCCAAUGCAAUGAAAGUCAAAACUAAGCUAGGAAUGGGAUUACAGAAGAAGAAGAAAUUUGUGAAACGUAAACGAGGUCAGGCUCUAAGUUUUAACCAAGCAGUACAAAAAGCUCGACAGGGUAUUCGGGGUAAACCAUCUAGUAACCUCGGUGAAGUAGUAAAGCAAGCUCUAUCAUCAAUAGGAACGAAAAGGAUAACUAGGCCACGAAAGCGGAUAAUUCCGAUUCCCAAAACUGGUGGAUUUCUUCCUCUCAUUCCUCUAUUUGCCGCAUUAGGUGCUCUUGGAAGUAUAGGCGGUGGAGCUGCUGGAAUAGCGAAAGCUGUGAACGAUGCGAAAGCCGCAAAGGAAAAAAUGGAGGAGGAAAAAAGACAUAAUCUGGUCAUGGAACAGGCUGCUCUUGGAAAAGGCUUAUAUCUGCGUCCUUAUAGGAAAGGAAUGGGGCUUUAUUUACCAUCAAAAAACUCCCAAUAAAGCUACCUCGUCGUGCACUGACUAAUGUAGAUUUAAUUAAAUUUGCUAAAAAGUUACGUAUUCC